GGCUGGCGGCUGGCGGCAGAAGUGCGGUGUGGUGAGCGUAGUUCGGCGCAUUUGUGCGACCGACGCGGCGCCAUGGACUGGCCGCCUCUCCGGCUGCUGUGGGUGCUCUGCUCGCUGUACUCGCUGGUCGCUCGCUGCUGCUGCUUCCCCCUCAGCGUCGAGGAGCUGGAAGAUGAGGUGACGACUGCGGGCGCGGGCGAGGCGGAGUAUUCUGGUGAGAGGAAGUACACGACGAACUCAUGGAGCUUCGACGAGUACACGUCAGUGACCCCGCUGGCCGCGACAAACAACCCGGCCGAUGUCGCCGCUGCCGGCAUCGAGGACGAGCUGCACGCGCUGCGCAAGGUCGCCGAGAUCCUGCUGUUGCUCGGAGAACAGGUGAUUCCGAUUAUAAUAGGAGAUCCAGUCAACGACAGAUGUUACAAGAAAAAAAAUGAUUUCAGAAGACACGGAGUAAAAGUCGCGACAAAAUUAUCAUUAAAAAAUGCAAGUGCCUAGAAAAAAUAUUUGUGAAUUACUUGAAACAUUACAAAGCCUGUGUUACAAAAUCUAAAUUAUAUCGCUAAAUGUGGAUUCCAAGAUUGUACAAGGGCCUAUUAUGUAACUCAGUAACAUAAAAUGACAUUGGCAUCAAUUCAAAAAUGUGCCGCUAAAAAUUGUAAAUCAAUUGUAGAAUAUAUAUGUAUGUAUAUAAUGAGCGGGUUUCAUACUACGACCUACGCGUUCGUGUUAAGUGAGUAAAAUACAAAGUUGUAAAUUGAAAAUUGCCGAAAACUUGUGAAGUGUGCUU